AUCGUCUUCUCUUUUAAUCCUCUCGAUUCCAAAGCAAGCUCCCGAUUACGAAUCUCUCCCAGAAGAUGCAAAUCUUUGUGAAAACCCUUACUGGUAAGACCAUCACCCUUGAGGUAGAAAGCUCCGAUACUAUCGAUAAUGUCAAGGCCAAAAUCCAAGACAAAGAAGGGAUUCCUCCAGACCAACAAAGGCUUAUCUUUGCCGGAAAACAACUUGAGGAUGGCCGAACUCUUGCCGACUACAACAUCCAAAAGGAGUCCACCCUCCACCUAGUCCUUCGUCUAAGGGGUGGCAUGCAGAUAUUUGUGAAAACCCUUACUGGCAAGACCAUCACCCUCGAGGUGGAAAGUUCUGAUACGAUUGAUAAUGUCAAGGCCAAGAUCCAAGACAAGGAAGGGAUCCCUCCAGACCAACAGAGGCUUAUCUUUGCAGGUAAACAACUUGAAGAUGGCCGGACCCUCGCUGAUUACAACAUCCAGAAAGAGUCUACGCUCCACCUUGUCCUUCGUCUUAGGGGUGGGAUGCAGAUAUUUGUAAAAACCCUCACCGGAAAAACCAUCACUUUGGAGGUGGAGAGUUCUGAUACCAUUGAUAAUGUUAAGGCCAAGAUUCAGGACAAGGAGGGUAUUCCACCAGAUCAGCAGAGGCUGAUUUUUGCCGGAAAGCAGCUCGAGGAUGGGAGGACACUAGCGGAUUAUAACAUCCAAAAGGAGUCAACCCUGCAUUUGGUGCUGCGACUGCGUGGUGGAAUGCAGAUUUUUGUGAAAACUUUGACUGGAAAAACUAUUACAUUGGAGGUGGAGAGUUCAGACACAAUUGAUAACGUGAAGGCCAAGAUCCAAGACAAGGAGGGUAUCCCACCUGACCAGCAGAGGUUGAUUUUUGCUGGAAAGCAACUCGAGGAUGGGAGGACGCUUGCGGAUUAUAACAUCCAAAAGGAGUCAACCCUGCACUUGGUUCUGCGCCUUCGAGGAGGGAUGCAGAUAUUCGUUAAGACCUUGACUGGUAAAACCAUAACACUGGAGGUCGAGAGCUCGGACACCAUUGACAAUGUUAAAGCGAAAAUUCAGGACAAGGAGGGGAUUCCUCCAGACCAGCAGAGGUUGAUUUUUGCCGGAAAGCAGCUUGAGGAUGGGAGGACGCUUGCGGACUAUAACAUCCAAAAGGAAUCCACUCUGCAUUUGGUUUUGCGCCUUAGAGGAGGGAUGCAGAUAUUCGUGAAGACUUUGACUGGGAAAACCAUCACCCUGGAGGUGGAGAGCUCGGACACGAUUGACAAUGUGAAAGCUAAGAUUCAGGACAAGGAGGGGAUUCCUCCAGACCAGCAGAGGUUGAUCUUUGCUGGGAAGCAGUUGGAGGAUGGUCGAACUUUAGCAGACUACAAUAUCCAGAAGGAGUCCACUCUGCAUCUUGUCCUUCGCCUUCGUGGUGGUUUCUAAUUGGGUAUGCAGAUCUUUGUGAAAACCCUUACUGGUAAGACCAUCACCCUUGAGGUAGAAAGUUCUGAUACUAUCGAUAAUGUCAAGGCUAAAAUCCAAGACAAAGAAGGGAUCCCUCCUGACCAGCAAAGGCUUAUCUUUGCCGGAAAACAACUCGAGGAUGGCCGAACUCUUGCCGACUACAAUAUCCAAAAGGAGUCCACCCUCCAUCUAGUCCUUCGUCUAAGGGGUGGCAUGCAGAUAUUCGUGAAAACUCUUACUGGCAAGACUAUCACCCUCGAGGUGGAAAGUUCCGAUACAAUUGAUAAUGUCAAGGCCAAGAUCCAAGACAAGGAAGGGAUCCCACCAGACCAACAGAGGCUUAUCUUUGCCGGUAAACAGCUUGAAGAUGGCCGAACUCUUGCGGAUUACAACAUCCAGAAAGAGUCUACCCUCCACCUUGUCCUUCGUCUUAGGGGUGGGAUGCAGAUCUUUGUAAAAACCCUUACUGGUAAGACCAUCACCCUUGAGGUGGAGAGCUCCGAUACUAUCGAUAAUGUCAAGGCCAAGAUCCAAGACAAGGAAGGGAUUCCACCAGAUCAGCAGAGGUUGAUUUUUGCCGGAAAACAACUCGAAGAUGGUAGGACACUUGCAGAUUACAACAUCCAGAAAGAGUCUACCCUCCACCUUGUCCUUCGUCUUAGGGGUGGGAUGCAGAUUUUUGUAAAAACCCUCACCGGAAAAACUAUUACGUUGGAGGUGGAGAGUUCUGAUACGAUUGAUAAUGUUAAGGCCAAGAUUCAGGAUAAGGAAGGGAUCCCACCGGACCAGCAGAGGUUGAUUUUUGCUGGAAAGCAGCUUGAAGAUGGCCGAACUCUUGCGGACUAUAACAUUCAGAAGGAAUCGACCCUCCAUUUGGUGUUACGUCUCCGUGGUGGCAUGCAAAUUUUUGUGAAGACUCUCACCGGAAAGACUAUUACUUUGGAAGUUGAGAGUUCUGACACCAUUGACAAUGUAAAAGCUAAGAUCCAGGACAAGGAAGGGAUUCCACCAGAUCAGCAGAGGUUGAUUUUUGCUGGCAAACAGCUCGAAGAUGGUAGGACACUUGCAGAUUAUAAUAUCCAGAAAGAGUCUACCCUCCACUUGGUGCUCCGACUUCGAGGAGGGAUGCAGAUAUUCGUGAAGACCUUGACCGGUAAAACCAUCACCCUGGAGGUCGAGAGCUCGGACACCAUUGACAAUGUCAAAGCGAAAAUUCAGGACAAGGAGGGGAUUCCUCCAGACCAGCAGAGGUUGAUUUUUGCCGGAAAGCAGCUUGAGGAUGGGAGGACACUUGCAGACUAUAACAUCCAAAAGGAAUCGACCCUGCAUUUGGUUUUACGACUUCGAGGAGGGAUGCAGAUAUUCGUGAAGACCUUGACCGGGAAAACAAUCACCCUGGAGGUGGAGAGCUCAGACACGAUCGACAAUGUGAAAGCGAAGAUUCAGGACAAGGAGGGGAUUCCACCAGACCAGCAGAGGUUGAUAUUUGCUGGGAAGCAGUUGGAGGAUGGUCGAACUCUAGCCGACUACAAUAUCCAGAAGGAGUCCACACUGCAUCUUGUCCUUCGCCUCCGUGGUGGUUUCUAAUCGGGUGUCUAUUUUGGUUGAUUUCGCAAUUUUCUUUUCUAUGAACUGUUUGUGUUUUAAAGUGGGUUUGUGGGUUUUGAAGGGAACUAUGCUUUGCGGUGCUGAAAUGGUCAGUGAACCACAUAUGUUUAAUUACCAUAUGAAUAACGUUUUAUGUUUA